AUGUCAGAACUGUUGAUCUCGUCAAUUUCAAAACAAUCAAUUUUUCAACAUCAUACAUCAAUUGAAUCAUCAACUUUUAUUACCAAAAAUAAACUUAUAUCUAAAAAUAAUUUAAUACUAAGAUAUGAUUCAGAAAUUUAUUUUGCAAUUGAUAAUAUGAUAAGAUGUUGUAAAAUUAAUCCGAUAACUACAAAUUAUAAAUUAAUUAGAACUUUACAACCACAAUUUGAAAUUUUUUCUUUAGAAUUAAAUGAUUCAGGUAAUCUUUUAGCAGUUAUAGGUGAAUCAGAAAUUGAAAUUAUUGAAAUACCAUUAAUUUUAAAUACUAAACAAAAAUCAAUUUAUAUUGAAGGUACUACUAAUAAAAGAAUUAAAUUAACAAAUGGUAAAAUUAAAAAAGUUUUAUGGCAAUCAAUUAUAGCUAAUGAUUCAAUGUUAGUUGUAUUAACUGAUCAAUCAGAAAUUUUAGGUUAUAAUAUUAGAAAAUCAACUAUAAUUCCAUUAAUUCAAAUAAAAAAUAAUCAAAAAAUAAAUUCAAUAACUUUUGGUUCAAAAAGUAAAAUAAGUGAAGGAUUAAAAUUAUAUGCAUCAACUGAUGAUUCAAUUUUAAGUUUUGAUUUUUAUACUAAUUCAACUUCAAUUGCAAUUUCUGAAAAUUCAUUAGAUGUUGCUAUAGCUGAUACUGAAAGUAUUAUUGAUUUAAUUAAACAAGAAUUUAAAAAUAAUACAUCAUUACUUCGACAAGCUGAAAAUCAACUUCAAUACUAUCAAGAUUUACAAAAAAAUGAAUUACUGAAAAAUUUUAGAGAAGUUAGAUCAAUUUAUUCAAAUGAUCCAUUGGAAUUGUUUAUAAUUGAACAUAAUAGAGAAACACCAAAUUAUGAACCUUUAAUUGUGGCAAAUAUUGGAGCUGAUGAUUUAAUUUCAUUUGGUGAUAAUGAACAGAUUUCUUUAAUUGCAACUAUAAAAAACAAUACAAUUUCAUAUUUUACAAAAAUUUUAGAUUUAAAUUUUAUAAAAAUUAAACAAACACCAAAUAAUUAUUUAAAACCUAAAAAAGGAUUUGGAUUUAUUGAUUCACAAAAUGAUAAUAAUUUGGAAUAUAAAUUUUAUAAAGAAAAUUUAAAUGGAUUGGAUUUUAUACAAUCUGAAACAAUACCAAUUGCAGGUAAAGGAUUUUUGAAAAAUUUACAUAAAAAAGAAGAUAAAUUUGUAGCAGUUAUUGAAUCAAAUUUAUUCACAGUAAAUUGUGAAUGGGUUGAAAAAUUAUUGAAUGAUUUUAAGAAUAAUAAUGAAGAUUGUUUAUCAACUAUUAAACCUAUAUAUAAUUUAAUAUCAUCUGGUGAUGAUUUACAAGGAUUUGCAUUUGUUUCUCAAUUUGAUCAAGAAGUUGCUAUUGUAGUAAGAGAUAAUUUGGAAAUAGUUACAAUUAAAAAUAGUAUUAAUGAAUAUGAAGAACCUGAAUCAAGCAACAAAACUUUAGCCAUUGAAGAUAAGCCGAGCCUACCAUCAUUGAAUUUAACUUCAGAUCAACCAUUUGAUGAAAUUGAAAAUAAUUUAAAAGCAUUGAAAAAAUCAAUAAUUAUUAAACCACCAGGAAAUUUAAAUCCUUCAAUAGAGAAUCUUAAUAAAUUUAAUGACAUCACCAAACAUACAAACAAGAACGUUACAAAUUUUUCAAUCUAUGCCAUAAAAUUACAAUCAAGAAUGAUAUCACAAUUAAAAUCAUUAAAUUUACAAGUAGAUACGUUAAAAACUUUAUCAACAAAUACCCAACCAUAUGAUGAAAAAUUAGAUUCUCGUAUUUCCAAAAUCCAACAAAGACAAUCUCGUUUAAAUUUAAAAUUACAAAACCUUCAAACCAAACUAAAUGAUGAAUUUUAUAAGAUCAAAGAUAUACCCAUAUCAAUAGAAGAGAAAAAAUAUUUUGAAGAAAUUAAUCAAUGUAAUAAAUUAACUUUUGAAUUAAUUGAAAAAUUAGAUUCAUACGAAGAUCAAGUUUUACAAUUAAAAACUGCAAAGAAACAACAAGCUACUGAUAAGAAUAAUAAGGAUAAUAAAGAUGGUAUUUUGGAAGAUUUACAAAUUAAUCAAAAAGUUAAAAAAUUAAAAAAUUGGUUGAAUUCUCAAGAUCAUGAAAUUCAUGAUUUAAUGGAUAAAGUCAAGAUUUAUUAA